UCAGCCGUGGGCCAAAUGUGCUGUGUCAAGACAGCAGUGCACCGCAAGCCAUGUUCUUUUCACCUCUUCAAAAAGUGAUGUUGUCACCAAAUAGUUUUCAAGGGAAAGUGGCCUUGGUAACUGGUGGAGGUACUGGGAUUGGCAAAGCAAUGACGACAACUUUGUCCAGCUUAGGUGCCACGUGUAUUAUAGCAAGCCGAAAACUUGAUGUACUGAAAGGAACUGCGGAAGAAAUUUCUUCUAAAACAGGGAAUAAGGUUCACGCGCUCCAGUGUGAUGUGAGAGAUCCAGAUUCAGUUAAGAAUGUUGUUGCUAAAGCAAUCCAAGUGGCAGGACAUCCUAAUGUUGUGAUAAACAACGCAGCUGGAAACUUUGUUUCCCCUUCUGAACGACUUUCUCCAAAUGCAUGGAAAACAAUAACUGAUAUUGUGCUUAACGGUACUGCUUUUGUAACUCUGGAAGUUGGAAAGGAGCUCAUUAAAGCACAAAAAGGAGCAGCAUUCCUGGCUAUAACAACAGUUUAUGCAGAGAGUGGUUCAGGAUUUGUGUGUCCGAGUGCCGCUGCAAAAGCUGGUGUAGAAGCAAUGAGCAAGUCUCUUGCGGCCGAAUGGGGUAAAUAUGGCAUGAGAUUCAAUGUGAUUCAACCAGGUCCAAUAAAAACAAAGGGUGCCUUUAGCCGCCUUGACCCCACAGGUGCAUUUGAGAAGGAAAUGAUUGGGAGGAUUCCCUGUGGACGUUUGGGAACUGUAGAAGAAAUUGCAAAUCUUGCUGCCUAUCUCUGCAGUGACUAUGCAAGCUGGGUUAAUGGAGCAGUUGUCAGAAUGGAUGGUGGAGAAUUUGUUUCUAUGGCAGGAGAAUUUAAUGAUUUGAGGAAGGUUACCAAGGAGCAGUGGGAUAUAAUGGAGGCAAUGAUUAGAAAAACAAAAGGCUCUUAACACUGUGAAAACUGUGUAACUGUACAGUGGAGAUUUGUGGAAAUGAACCACUACUUCUUCAUCAAUAUUUAGAAAUAACCAAUUGAGAAA